ACGCGUCAAACAGUCUGGUUGAUGUCAUCUCGUGCGACUGUUCGUCUCUUUAUUCACUUUAUUUGUGUGAAAGACGAGGCUUUGUACUACGAAAACCUCAGGGAUCUCCUGAAAGAGCAAAGCAUGCUCCGGGUUUGAAAACGAUUAUAAAAGAACACAACAGAUCAAGGAAUUACUUGGUGAAUCAACCAUGGCAAAUGAACCAGGUUAUGGUAGCUGUGAGGGGCCUGAGGCCCAAUAUGUGAAGCUCAUCUCGAGCGAUGGUCAUGAAUUUGUUGUGAAGCGCUGUUAUGCCUUAACAUCAGGAACCAUCAAAGCAAUGCUUAGUGGACCAGGUCAGUUUUCUGAGAACGAGACCAAUGAAGUCCACUUUCGAGAGAUUCCAUCGCACAUCCUUUCAAAGGUUUGUAUGUAUUUCUUAUACAAAGUCCGAUAUACAAACAGCAGUACAGAAAUACCCGAGUUCCCAAUUGCACCAGAAAUUGCAUUGGAGUUGCUCAUGGCUGCCAACUUCCUUGAUUGCUGAUUGUUAUUGUGGACAUAGACUUUGCAUAAAACUGGGAUGGUUAGGGUAGUUGUCAUUGUGAUAACGGGAAUCAAUCUUUUUCUUGCCUUCGAUAUAAGAUAUUUACAUUUUGAAGUGUGAAAUCAAUGUAUAAAAGUCUGCCGCAUAAAGAGCCAAAAAUAUAAAUAUAUUAGCGUGAAAGUAGCUUUCCCUUAAA